CUAUUUUUUUGCAUUUCUUCUUUUUCUUCCUAUUUUUCUCAUUGUUGUCAUUUUACGACAUAUUAUUCAACAUAUACGUAGUUCCCAUCGCGGCACUCUGUUAAUAAUCGUUUUUGUUAUUUCCUUGUUAUUCAAAAUUUUAUAUUACUUAUAUAUCUUUGUCGGUUAGCGCAUAUCAAUCGCAGGUUGCAUAACCUCACAUUUUAUUAUUUUUUUCUAGACUACCAAACAUAAACACGUUAUUAUUAUUUUUACACUAAUGGGCAGCACAUCCAAACUGCCAGGCGGGUUUUUAAAUAUUCCUCCAACGCCCACAGCUUCCUAUUCAGAGCUUCGUCAAAAUACCCAAAGUAACCAAAACCACAGCUACAGCCAAAACCAUUAUAACAGUCACAGUGCGUCUAAUUUGCACCACCACUCACACCCACACCACAGCCACCAUGAUGCGCGGCGGAAUACCAGCUACAUUAAAUCCAGUAUUUUUGUGCCCCAAGAGUGGGAAGUGAAAAACAAAAACAACGGAGUCGUUGCCUUGAUAACCAAUGUGUUUAAAGAACUGAGCAACAUAUUCACUCAACCCCAAGGCUUUCCCAGCCACCCAUCCCAAAUGCCGGCCAUUCUCAGGGACAACGGCCAGCCGAAUUUUCCGCAGCAACCCCCUUUUAACCCCUCUCAUAGCUUUCAUCCGGGGACACAAUCGGUCAUUAUAUCUAACGACAACCAUGGUAUGUUUUCGCAUUCCAUGUCGCGGAUGAACUUUCACCGCGGCCAUGCUCGUAUUAGCAGCGAGUCUGUAUCCAUGACAUGUCCUCGAUGCAAGGAGAAUAUCAAUACGCUUGUUAAGCAGCGCCCGGGCGCACUUCACAUAUUGGCCACUGCCGGCGCCAUGGCACUGGGUUUGGCGUGCAAUGCCCAGGCGUUACUCCCACUGGCAAUGCUGCCUAUGCAGUUAAACAUAUGUGAGGACAAGGACAUAAUGUUUAAGGUGACAGACAAUUCAAAGUAUGUGUAUGUGCGCAAAAAAAACAUGAGCUCCUCAACACAUGUGGACACAAGCCGAGCGCGGUUGGGUGGACUGGCGCAAGCUCCCCAUCCCGAGACUAACAUGCAAAAAAUGCAACAUCCAUGAGCCCCACACCCCUGCGUGCAUCGAAAAUGGGGUGAGUAAUUAAUUGUCUUCUCUUUUGCUCUGAUGUAAGGCAUGGGUAAUUUUAUUUUGAAAAGACAAAAAGGCAGUAAACCUAUUUCCCAACAUCGUGUUUGAUUUUCAGACAAGCAAGAAGUAAAAGCUGCCAAGAAUAAAAAUAAAUUAAAUUACUGACUGACUGACUGACUGACUGGCAGAAUGACAAGGGUUUGAGGUGUUUUUUUAAACAAAGGGUUGCUUUUUUUUGAUUGUGCAAAGGGUACAUUGCCAACGCGCAUGAUUUUUAUUUUAAAAAUAAGCACGCAAUCAUGGUGGAAUGCAGUUGAGAUUUUAGAAAGCUUACAUCCGAGCUCUUUUAAAGUCUUUUACCGGUUAAGUCUGCAAUCCAAUCUUUGCG